GAGGCGCUCACACUCCAACCGGCUGCAAUAAACUGUGGCUGUGUGAUCCGGGACAGAAGGCUCACUGGUUGUUGGACAAGCUGAUCAAACUGGCAUCAUGGUUCUGACGGGCUGCACGAAAUGCAUCAAAUACAUGUUGUUUUUCUUUAAUUUUAUUUUCUGGCUGGCCGGAGGCGUGAUCUUAGGAGUGGCCCUGUGGCUCCGCCAUGACAGUCAAACCAGCAACCUCCUCAUUCUCCAGUUCGAGGGCCAGCAGGCACCCGGCACCUUCUACGUCAGUGUGUACAUCCUGAUAGCAGUCGGCGCCGUGAUGAUGCUCGUCGGCUUCCUCGGUUGUUACGGUGCAAUUCAAGAAUCUCAGUGCCUGUUGGGAACAUUCUUCUUCUUCCUGGUGAUCCUCUUCGCUUGUGAAGUGGCUGCAGCGAUGUGGGGUUUCAUGAACAAGGACACCAUUUCCAAAGAACUGACCAACUUCUACGACGCGGCCUACAUCAAGGCCGUGGACAUCUCGGGGUCCCCCAGCAAAGACUCUGCCAUCAAGGUGCUGGAUGUGUUCCACACAACGCUCGACUGCUGCGGCAAAGGAGACGACAACGCUCUCUUCAAACAAGUCGCCAGCACCUUGUGUCCCAGGAAGUCCCCGGAAGAUUUCCUUAAGUCUCAGAGCUGUCACAGCAAACUGAUCGAGCUGUUCUCGGAGAAGCUGUACCUGAUCGGUCUGGCCGCUCUGGUGGUCGCUGUCAUCAUGAUCUUCGAGAUGAUCUUCACCAUGGUGCUCUGCUGUGGCAUCCGUAACAACCCUGGAGUGUACUAGGACCAACAAACUACGUCAGACUUUAAGGGAUUUUUCAUUAUUUGUUUCUUUUCAUCGGCUUCUCUUCCUUAUGAUUUUAACAAAACAAGACGGAUAUCUUUUCCUUUUUAAUCUGCGUCUUGUUCCUGAUAUUGCUAAUCCGUAAGGACUCGUUCUCCUUACAUAAUGAUUUAGACGUUCUUUAUUUAUCACACAACUAUUCACAUGAGCCUUUUAUACAUUUGAUAUGUUGUGAAAUAUUUAUCUGAGGUCAUAAUUUUUUUUUUUUAAUGGAUGUAUAAAUUGUAUAUAUACUUGUCGUAUGUUAAUAACACUUAGGAGAGCGCAUGUUAUUCCCUGAUUGGUUGUCUGUGAUGCAUCUUCCUGCAGCGUUAGGGUUAAUCCUAAUGAGCGAUGUUGUUACUAUAAUGAUUACCAGGAGGACGAGUCAGUCAGCGUGUGUUUGUAAGUCGACUGUGUGUCUCUUCUUUGUGCCUAAUGGACCAUCUCCAUGCUUUAUUUCCUUUAUUAACUUGUGAGACUCCUUCUUUAAAUAAAUAAACAGUCAUGUCUUCUUACUCAA